AUGCUGCAAACCGGAGUUCUGAGGCGCGAAGUUUGGCUGACCGGUUUAACUAGUCAUGGCCGAUUCGUGCCCGCUGGUCCAGCCACUCGAUCAGAUGAACAGCGUUUGGGUAGCAGUCAAGACAGAAAGACCAAUCGUGAAGUCGUUCAGGGUCUAGACGUUCUAUCAUCGGCCAAACUCAGGUGCUCAGAUGACUUUUCGGACUGA